UCACGGACCAUGCUUUUCAUUCACUGCCCUCAAAUGCCACAGAUUUGCGCGGAACAAACAAUCCAAAAGUACUGAUAAUUAGCUAAAAAGCUUCUGAACGACAGUGACAUUCCAAUACAGAAAACAGAAGGAAUUCUUCUGUCACGGGGUUAUGUGCCUCGAUUUCCAAGGAAAAAAUAAUUGCAAACAACACAGAUGUAGACAAUAAUAUGUUUGAUAGAGAUUUUAAAAGGUUUUUGGCAUUACUUAGAUUUAUUGCGUAUCCGUUAAGUUGGUUUUUUUUUAGCUUUUCAGAAAGCUCUUGAAUGAUGAAUAGACUUUUUAGUCAUGGGCAUUCUUGAAGCUGUUGACGUUGCCACCUUCAUGUUCAAUGAUGAUGCGAUCGCGAUGGCCAGCGAUGUUGUCGCCCUGGUUAAAGUCGCGUCCUUUUCCAUCGUUUCCCUGACGACCAUUAUGCCCACCAUCGUGACCACCACCGUUGUGGCCGCCAUCGUGAUCGUCGUCACCAAACAAAGCGUCCAUCUUAUCGUGGAGAUCUUCCCUGCGCUUUGCGAAACGGGUGUUUCGAUUAGCCACGCGACCCGGAUGACCACGGUGACCGUUCCAUCCGGGGUGCUUUUCUCCGUUCCACUUGGGACCAUCCCACUUGCCGUCAGCUUGGGCCUUCACAUGGUUAUCAGUGCUGUGAGGUUCGGUCUCGGCAAGAUCGGCGCGCACCACCACGGUCAAAACAGCCAAAGUAGCGAUGGAAAGGGUAACAAAAGAGAAAUGCAUGAUGAAUUUGCGUUUUUCACUUACAUUCCAUCACGGCAAGGCUUUUAUAGUUUUUUUUGAGAUCACAUUUCUUUUUUAAAUCUAGCCAAAUCCAUUUUGCAAUUGGCAUCCAAGCCGUUUGAUCUGCGAAAUGGUAGAAAAAAAUUAUCACUGGCCUUGGACCGAUUUCAUUCUUGACAACGAAUAAUCUCUAGAAGUAUGCAUCAUUUAAUCGAAGGUUUAUAAGGGGAAUCCAACCAUGGAAACAAUAAAGCAAAAAUGGUAAAAUAGGCC